UGGGGUUUAGGAAUCUACGGCCAUAAAGAACGAUUAAAAGAUACAUCUAACGGUAGUUAAGCCAACCAUACUCAAAAAACCGACGCAUCACCCGGGAAAACCCAGUUGGCGGCGAACACAUUUCGCUUGCGGUGUAUUUUAGCGGUGCUUCGUUCCUAAAUCCCACGUUUCCUUCUCUUUCCCCUGCCUUUUGUGCCCACUCAUAUAUAAACUCUGUUUUUCCCGGUGAUUUGACAAACACCAACGGAAAUUAGAAAUCAGAAAUCACAGAUUAUCCUGGCGAAUUUGAAAUUCUCUGCAAACAGACUGAAAUUACAGGGAGAGCUUUCGAUCAGAGCUCUCGCUACGAGUCCCGGAGUGGGAAUGGUGUGCUUAGGAGCGAGGGAGGGUCAGCGUCAGCGAGUGCCCGAGGCGAUGGCCAUGGGCUACGAAAGAACAAGGCCGCUUCACAAUUUCACGAUGCCUUGCUUGAAGUGGGGCAUCCAGAAGCAUCUUCGGUGCCAAAAAUUCGACGAAUCAAACAAUCAAACAGCCGCGGCUGCCUCCCGCGACCGUAAACGAAGAUCUCCACCAUCGAAUUCCUCCGCCGAUUAUCCUCGCGAAUCGAAUGGCCGUCGUCUCAAUUUUCCACAGCCGAUUGGCGGCGAUGGCAAGGAGGAUGCGAAUGGGGUCGCUGGGGAGAAUGGCAUGAUUGAUCUGGUGAACGUCUUGACCGAUUUUGAACAGUACUCUGUGGAAGAGGGUCAAAACGGUGCAUCCAAGGAGGUGAAUGGGCCCAGGAAAGCUCCUGCAGUGGUGGCGCAGGUUUUUGUGGACCAGAGGUCCGCCUGUAAGUCUCCGAUCAAUCCCGUUGCUGCUGGAAACGGAUUAAGAAUCGAGAUGAAGCAGAAUUAUGAAUCGCCCUUGAGGAGUGAAAGCGCCAAGUCGCCGAGGCUUGGCGGCACUGGAGAGAAGGAGACGGAGAGGGCUAAGUUGACGAUUCAGCUCACGAGGAAGGAGAUCGAAAAUGAUUUCAAGGCGUUAGUGGGCCACCGGCCGGCAAGGAGGCCUAAGAAACGUCCGAAGACCGUACAGAAAGAUUUGGACUCGCUCUUUCCGGGUGUGUGGUUGAAGGAAGUAACGGCUGAUAUGUACAAAGUAGAGGAAUUUCCAGAAAGCGGGAAGAGGUAGUCAUGGAGAUGGGUGCCUUUCCGAGGGACAUUAGAUUUUCAAGGAUUAGCCGACUCAUGUGGGACUUCUGGUGGAACUAAUUAGUUGUACACUGAAGUUCUGCACAAUCUUUUUGAAAUGGGAAUUUGAUGCAAGUUUUGAAUUCCCUGUUGUCAUUAUGUGUUGUAAGUUCACUUGCUUUGAAAUACAGAUUUUGUUAAUUAAUAAUUGUUUCAUUGUUCUUUAUAUUUACUAGAGAAUAAUUUGUGCAAAGAAAUGGAGUUCUAUGAGCUCAAUAGUAAGAGAACCUUUAAUAAACUCUCUUGAAUUUAAAUGAAUCAAUUUCUUGAUUUUUA